AGUCAUGUGUGUGCGAUUGUUCCUGACAAAGCAUGGAGUGACUGAGCAUGAUUUCAAUAUGAGCGCAAGGGUUCAUCGCUGGAGACGUGAAUUUCGGAAUGAGUCAAGGUGGUCAAGAAGGCGAUCGGAAGUCACAAAUCCACCUUCGUCAUCGCCAUCGUCUGCUUCAAGAAAUCCAGCGGCGCUUGCUCCUAAACUUGGAUUUUUUCAACACAAGCACAACAUCACAAGAUGAGAUUAAUUAAGCAGAGCAUUGAGAAGAAGGAUGGCUCAGGCAGUGCCACUCUGCUUCCUGAGGAGCCCGAAGACAUGUGGCACGCAUACAACCUGAUCCGACCGACUGAUCUUCUUCGCGCCUCGGCCAUUCGUCGCGUAACGACAGAGUCCAUGACAGGAUCAAGCACGUCGAAGCGAGUGCAAACGACCCUGACCCUGCGAGUUACCUCUCUGGACUUUGACCCGCAAGCCGCCCAACUUCAUGUCAGCGGUACUGUCGCCGAGGAGAACGAAUGGGUCAAGCGCGGCUCCUACCACACCCUCGACCUCGAGUUGCAACGAAACUUUACUCUCGAGAAGGCGGAUGGUUGGGAUAGCAUCGCACUCGAAAUCCUAAAAGAGUCGAUCGACCAAACACAAAAGGCUGAACUGUGGGCUGUUGUCAUGCAGGAAGGUCUUGCCAACAUCUGCCUUGUCACAAACCACCAGACCAUCCUGCGCCAGAGGAUCGAAAUGGCUCUCCCUAAGAAGCGCCCUGGUAAACCUAGCGGAGACCACGACAAGGCCACGCAGCGUUUCUAUUCCACCAUACUCGAGUCACUCCUUCGUCAGCUCAACAUGAUGGAUCUCAAACCACUGUUGCUGGCAAGCCCUGGUUUCACCGCGACAGCUUUCCAACAAUACAUCAAGACUACCGCCUCGACGAAAACAGACAAGAAUCUUUCAGCGCUUGUCGCAAAGACGAUUGUCGCACAUUCUGCCAGUGGUCACUUGCACUCACUUGCCGAAGUCAUGGCUUCUCCAGCGGUCACCGCUAGGCUGAGUGAUACACGUUUUGCAAAAGAAACUGCCCUCAUGGACAAGUUCUUCGACUUACUCCGAAAAGACGACGGUCGCGCCUGGUACGGGCCCAAAGAAGUGGAGUCUGCCGUCGAAAAGGGUGCAGUAGGAAGAGGUGGUGGCGCCUUACUCAUAUCAAACGCUCUCUUCAGAGCCCAGGACGUCGCUGUUCGAAGGCGCUGGGUAUCUUUGGUCGACAAGGUCAGCCAAGAACAUGGAGGUGACGUUAGGGUUUUGAGCAGUAUGCACGAGAGCGGUAAGCGCUUGGAAGGCCUCGGUGGAGUCGCUGCUAUUCUCACCUUCCCCCUCGACGACAUGGAAGACAUUGAAGGUGGAGAAGACAUUGACGUCGAAGAGCCGGCCAAUGGGGUCGAGGGAAGACCGGGAAUGCUUGAAGAUAUUGAGAUAUAGAGUAUCAUGACAAACGAAAUGACGAUGAGACGAUAGACCGAAAAAGUACAUAUAUUCGAUCCACGACUUCGCCUUCAGAGUGGGGAAAAAAGAAGCACAGCCCAUGUCGGAUUUUCAGCAUCAUGCCUUGCUUUCUGAAGGAUUCGAACAUACACUGCGCCUCGAUCUGGCUAUGGACUGCGCAAUCUCUAUAUCGGAAGAGAAUAGGGAGGCUUGAACUUCUGAUCCACGUCUGCUGUACAGCGCUAAGACUGAGGCGCUUGCUUCACUCCUUCGAGUAUCUCAGCGACAGGUUAUGAUGUAAGCAACUGGAUGCAGGAUGAUCAGAUUGCUGUAGUUGAAUCAAUUGUCGGUGAGGUAGGUAUGUCUAUGUCUAAUUCAGUACUUGGUGAAAGUAAUAUACAUGGUCUUCCAGCCACCUCUACAGCACCUG